AAUGACAACCCUAGCUUAUACAUCACUAGACGCGUUUUACGUGCAUGCUUCAGUAAAAUAAUAUUUUUGGUUAUUUUUUGGUUUUCAAAGUGAUUGAUAAAUAAUUAACUUUUGUAAACCAAAUUUCCACGAUAUUAUUUGUGUAAUAAAGUGCAGUGUUUACGUAAUUUUAUCGUUUAUGUCUAUUGGGCGGCUGAAUACGUUCAUAAAAUGGCGGCGGGCGUUCUUACAUAGAAUGCGUCAUAAAUAGAAGCGGUGCAUGUGUUUAGAAUGGCUAUAAAUAGAGGACUUGCAUUAUUUUAACUGCAUUGGAUUGCUAUAGAAAAUGUCAAAUACUGUGAUCACUAAUUACACGGACCUCAAUGGGCCUUCAACGAAGGCGGAUAGUUCUGUUGUUGUUAUUGUAAACAAGGAUGGAUCCCUUUCUGUUGAUCAGAAUUUACUCGGUACAUUGAUGGGAACAGAUGGAUCCCAAGCUGCAGGGAUAAGUGUUGUUCGAGUAGGCCAUGAAGGUAAACCAGAUGAUGCUACAGAUUCAGAAUCCGAUGAUGAUAAAGUUCCCCAUGUCACACUAUCUGUGGACAGUUAUUACGAUGAACCUAACAGCAUCAUAAAAUAUGAUAGUGGUGCUGAAAUGUUACAAUCAUUGAGAAUAGAGACAAGGGAAAAUAGUUUGGUUGGCUUUCAAAAUGAUCACUGCUACACACCUUUUACUUCUCCCAGUCAGAAUUUGCCACAAAGUAGUGACAGAUAUGAUGAUCCUGUUAUUGAAAUAACACAUACUCCACCACCAAAACCUGUUCCUAAUUCAAAGAAAAUAACUAUUCUGGAACAGCAAAUUAUUCCUAAAGGCAAAAAGAUUAUUUUAAAUCCCCCUGAAUCACCAAUUAUACUGAAAGGUAAUGAUGUUCUCAAUAAGCCUUUACCUGUUCUGUCAAAGACAAAGAAUGUUAAAGAGCAAGAAAAGGGUGAUACUUUACAAAAGACUGAUGAGUCAUCAUCCUCAUCAUCAUCUAUUAGCUCUGGUGACAGCAUCCCUGAUAGAGACUCUGAUUCUGAUUAUAAAGAGACUAAAGAUAGAAGUGCUUCAUUGAAAGUGAAAAAAACCAAAUUGAAACCCCGAAUAUUGAAGAAUGUUACACCCAAGUCUGCGAAGUUGGAUCCAAAAGUGGCUGCCAGAUUAAAAUCUAAUAAGAAUAUCUUGAAGAAAGAGGUGAGAGAAAAAAUUCAAAUCAAGCCUACUAUUGAAAAGAGAGUCCAAAAUGUUAAUGUGGACUUAGAAAGCCUCAUACCAUCAUCUGAGAUAUCCUUGAACAUGACUGCAACCCCAGAUCACAGCAAAAAUGUAGUGACAAAACACACUCCAAAACCAGCUAAGAAAGAAAAGAAAACACCUGCUCAUGUUACAGCAUUAUUGUCUGACAUGACUUCACUAUUCUCUACACCAGACGUAAUAAGAAGGGUAUCUACUGAUAAUAAGGUCCAAGCUAAAGAUCCUACCACUGAUAAAAAGAAUGUGUCUAAUCUGAAAACAAUGGAAUCAAAUACAAAUGAGUUUAAAUCAACAGAGAGUAUUCUCAAAGUGCUCGAGGACAACUCUGAAAAACCUAAACCCAGUGUUGCACAUAAAACAUACAUCAAACAAAAAGAAAAAACUACAGGACCUAUUGACAAGAUUUCUAAAGGGUAUGAUCUUUCUUCUCCUAUACCUCAGCUAGAUGAUGCUAGUUUGGCACAAAUACUUCAAGAUACAUCGGGUAUAGCACACCCAAUGAAAAUGCAGCCUGGUAUUACAACUGGAAAUUCAAUGGCCAGCCCUGGCCUUGCAGGGCCAUUGUCUCCAACACUUGAUUUACUGGGUGGUUUGCAACCAGAAGAAGAAGGCUUGACAGAAGAUUUGCUAAUGCAUGUAGCUCAGCUGGUGGAAAGUUCAGAAAACUUACAAGAGGUUAUUGACAAACAAGUUUUGGGCAAAGUUGACACUACACCUGUAAAAGUGCCUGUGCAAUCUCCGUUCCAACAAGCACCCAGUUUGUAUGCCCAAACUCUCACAAAGUCUGCAAAGAGUGUUGCCACUCGUAAGGAUCCCAUAGAAAUAGUGAGAAGAGAUGGGAGAGUGAUUACUUUGCCACCAAUAGAAGCCCCAGCAACGAGAUCUUCAAAAAGGAAGAGUCAGAUGGAGACAUCCAGCAGUGCAGACGUGAUACCAACUCCAGUCUCGGUGCCCUCGCCGCCUGUGGUCACCACCCCUGAGCCACAGGUGCAGGCAGUGUCCAAACAAUAUGUGAAUAAGAAACUGUCCAACAAGAAACAGGAGCAAGUGGUUCAAGCCCCAGUUGAUAAAAUGUCUGCAGAAUCACAGGAGAGCUGGAAUUCUGAAGAUGAUCCUUACAGGUUAUGGUGUAUCUGUAGACAGCCCCACAAUAAUCGUUUCAUGAUAUGCUGUGACGGCUGUGAGGAUUGGUUUCACGGCAAAUGUGUCAACAUUACGAAAGCAAUGGGGCAGGCAAUGGAGGAGCAGGGUAUAGAGUGGAGGUGCCCCAACUGUAUUAAGAAGACGCCGAAAACUGCAGCAAACACAACCCCAAAGGUGGCAACAAUACAAAAGAAAAAUGAAACUGAUGUCAUAAGCACAUCUUCAUCAGUUGUCAAAGAAGCAACAUUAAAAACAAAUUGUAUUGUUUGUAAGAAACACGCACGGGCUAGUAGUAUUUACUGUAGUGACGCGUGCAUUCUCAAACAUGCACAGGAUUCUUUAAGUCCACCUCCAAACAAAUCUGAAAGUAAUUCUGGGAAAACUCAAGGCAAAAAUAAGGCAGAAUCAAGGGUUAUUGUUUUUGAAAGAAAGUCUGGAAAAUUAUUGGCAGGACCUAAUGCUCCAACUGCAGAAAAUCUAAAAGCCUGGUUACAAAAAAAUCCUACAUUUGAAGUGGUGCGACCCGGAAGUCUUAGCCCUAUCAGACCGACCAUCACGAAAAAGAAAGUGUCCAAUGAGCCCAAUAAAAUACAAACUACUCUUAAUUUUGAAAGAGUACCUAAGAAGUCACUUGAACAGCCUUCCUCAAGUAAAUCUCUGCUGGAAACAAAAUCCAGGGUUCAACAGCAAGAGUCUAAAUUGAGGGCUCAAUCUGAUGCAAGACCUAAGGCGCAGCAUAUGGAGUUAAAAUCUAGGUCACUUCAUCAAGAAAGGAUUAUGAAAACUGUAGCUUCUCCAAGAGAAGAACUAAAGCAGUCUCCACAGCCGAGAACGCCGGUUGCAUUGAAACAACAACAAACACAGUACAUUGAUACGCCCCGGCCUAGCACUUCCACAGCCAAACCGUCAAUGAGUGAACCGCGGCGGUUAGUUCGCACUUCAAAUCGAUCACAGGUUUCAUCUGAAAAAGUACCUGCAGUCUCUCCAUCAACAUCGCGCCGAAAAGACUCAUUGGAUAGCAAAAACAAAAUGGUUGAUUCAUCUGAUUCGAUUCGUGAUAAUGUGAAAAAAGCUUUGCAAGAACAAAUGAGUCUCAGAAUGGCAGAGAACACUGGCCCCAAAUUCAGUGAAGACGAAAUAAUGGACUUUGCAAAUGAAACUGAACUUGAAUUACAUGAAUUAUUCAGAGAUGUUGGUAUGAAAUAUAAGGCCAAAUACAGAUCUUUGAUGUUUAAUAUAAAGGAUCGAAAGAAUCUUUCACUGUGGCAGAAGAUUUGUGACCGAACUAUCACACCCAAACAACUGGUGCGACUAUCACCAGAAGAACUCGCGAGUCAAGAGUUGGCUCAAUGGAGAGAGGAAGAAGCAAAACAUCAAUUGGAGUUGAUAAAGAAAUCGGAACUAGACUUACUAGCUGCAAGCAAAACAUAUGUUCUAAAAACACAUAAGGGAGAAGAGGUAAUGGAAACAAAAGAAUCUGUUUCAACAGAACUGGAUCCAAACGUGCCUAUUGAAGAUGUGGUUACUGCAUUAAACGAAGAAACAGCUGGGGAAGAAUCUAAGACAGAUGAUACUUCACAGGAAUUAAAUACCACAUCAAGCAAAGGAGAUAGCGCCGAGAAAAAACAUAGUCGAAAGAGGGGAAGGGACGACAGCUUCGAGUAUUCCAAAAAGGACAGACGCGACUCGAAACGUGAUUCGGACAGCAGAAAAUCUCGCUCCUCGCGACGCAAAUCCGAGAUGAAGGAGAAGGAUUCAAGGGAGAGCCGCAGAUCGACCAGGAGGUCGGACAAAAGAUCGAGCAGAGCGAAAUCAGAGUCCCGGGAGGAUUCGAAAGAAAAGACUGAAAUCGGCGAGCGGUCGAGACACAGAUCGCGGUCACGAGCCAAAUCCAAGCGGCGGUCCAAGUCGCGAGAACGAUCGCGGUCGGUUUCGCGACGCCGCGAACGUUCGCGCUCGGGCUCGCGGCGCCGCGAGCCGCCGCGCACGCGCGCGCGCCGCACCAGCGCCGAUGACAAGCCCGUGCACCGCUCUAGGUCGCAGGACAAUUGCACGAAAACUAAACAUGACUCCACAGAUUCCGAUUCCGUAGAAAGGCCUAAGUCGGCAAUGUUAAAAGAAGUACACCCCGAAUACGACCCUCACGAGCCGAUGAUAACGUCAGCGUUUUCGGAAGAAGACUUGCGAAAGUCCAGAGAGGACGUCUACGAGGACACCUACAAGGAUGAGGUGGAGGAAUAUGACAAUAAAGAUUAUGAUGCUUCGAAGAGCUUCUCCAUAGAUGCCGCCGUUAUAAACCCCGAGUCUAAAUAUGUUAGAAGAAAGGAUAAAGUGUCAGAAGCCGAGAGCGAUCAAGAACCAAGUAGCACAGUGGAUAACUCUGCGGCGACCGUUUGGAACGGGUGCAUCAACAUGGUGGACGUGGCGCGGUUCUACGUCGCCGCCCACGAGGUGUCCGGGACUGCGGCAGAUUUGGAGGAAGACUUGAGCGCCGAGCUGGACAUCGUCGGAAGAAUAAACCCGGACACCGUCUGGGACUACAUCGGGAAAAUGAAAAGGGCCAGCAACAAAGACAUUGUGGUGCUGCGGUUGCAGGCCGCGAACGACGAAGAAAAGAUGCAGUAUAUCGCGUUGUAUAGCUAUCUCAGUAGUCGAAAUAGGUUAGGAGUGGUGAAGGUUUCGAACACGACGUCCGUGAAGGACUUCUACAUCGUCCCGCUGCCCGCCAACACGGCGCUGCCGGCCGUGCUGCUGCCGCUGGACGGGCCCGGGCUCGGCGACGCCAAGACGCACCUCUUGAUCGCCAUCGUUAUACGGCAAAGGAAAAGACGCUUGCUCCAACAUAUUCAACAAGAGAUUGUCCCCGCAAAGGUGGCGCGAGAAUCGCGCAAGCGUUCAUACACGCCGCCGCUGGGCGGGCGGGGCGCCCAAUCGCCGGCGUCGCCGCGCCGCCGCCCGCCCGCGCUGCCGCUGCCCGCCUACACCUCGCCUGCGCUCUCUACUUCAGUCAAGGAUAAAAUCGCCGCCUCCUUGGCAUCGGCUGACGACGAUGAAGCUUACAGUCCUGGAUCUUCAAGCAGCAGUGGCAGCGCGCCCGCUUCCGCGCUGAGUCAGCCGGCGUCCAAUACGUUACGCACCAAAAUGGAAGAACUAAAUAGACAAAUAGAGGAGCAAAAGCAACAGAUCCUCAAGAUGGCAAGAGCCGAUUCUUCAGUUGGAGAGCAGGACGAAGCGUACUCGCCUUCGCGGCCCAUGACGCCGCCGGCGGUGCCGCUGUCGGAUAUCGCGCUGCCGUCCAACCUGCAGGAGAUCCUGGCAACCAUCAAGCAGCGCUCGGAGCCGCCGCCGGCCGACGUCGACAUGCGCACUCUGCCUCUACCCUGAUCGCCCACUUCUUCCACACUUUUAUUUUAGUACUAUGCACAAUAUUCGUUAGUAAUUUGCAAUGCAUACUUAUAUUAUUAGUUAACAUCACAUUUUUGUGUUGUUCGAUACAAGACUUCUUACUUCUUGUCGAUUUACUUUGUAGGCGAUGGAGCCUACAUCUGAACGAUCUCGUUUCUGUAAUUGCCCUUUCCCAAAAAUAGUGCUUAGAUUGUUUUAUGAUUUAUGUAAUGCUUGAUAAUAUGUUUGAUGUAAUUAUGAAUAGAGUAAAAACUAAAUCUCGAACAUGAUGGAUGUAGAUAAUAAUAAGAACUUCAAGAAUAAUUGUUUUGAGAAUAAAAUAGUACAUAGAAAAUGUGCGAAGCAUAUUAUUGAAAUAUGUGUGCAAUAAGUGAAUGCCAUGGAUGACAACACAUUAAAA